UUUGGCUGCUGGCAACACCGGAAGGCGGAAGAGCUUUGCAGUGGUGAGGUGUCUGCUGUUGUGGCACAAUGAUCGGGGACCUCUUGCUAUUCGGGACAUUGCUUAUCAAUGCAGGAGCUGUGUUGAACUUCAAACUAAAGAAAAAGGAAUCCCAAGGAUUUGGUGAUGACCCUUCUGUUGCAACUACAGGAGACAAUAUUCGUGAAUUCCUGCUCAGCCUCCGAUACUUCCGGAUCUUCAUUGCUUUGUGGAACAUUUUUAUGAUGUUUUGUAUGAUUGUGUUAUUUGGCUCGUAAAUGUGGCAAAUGGUACUCCUUGAGUUAAGAGGAUUUUCUACACUAUUAUGUCCUUAACCUCCCUUUUCUGCCACCAUGUCAUAUUUCUGUAAAAAAAAGUUCCAGCUUGUUUGUAAAUAUUGUCUUUCUGUAUACUUGUAAAUAAAAGAUAAGUUGUGACUUGCAUAGCUUGGUGAUGCCAGAAUGACUCCGGGUUGAAAUUAUAAAACACAAAUAGGUUCUAGAUGGAAACAUUUUAAGAC